UCUCCUCUUUAUAAACGGGCGGCGGAUGGGGCCGUUUCUCAUUUCCCAGGGACAUCUUGAGGAAAUGUGAGCGGGGCUUUUGUGCUGUAUUUACAGCUCCCACUCCAAGCCCGGGGGGCGUGUGCGUGUGUGGGGGAGAAAGGCUGAUCUAUUCUUGAGGUGCUUGUCUAUGCGUGCGUGUCUAAAACCGCGCCACAUAGAGUGUGUGAAGUGGGCAGAGUCAGGCUGAGCCUGGCCAUGGAGGUGUGCGCUGCCGAGGAGCGAAUGGUCUACUCCAGAUCGCAGAUGGUGUUCACGGGAACAAAGGCGCUGGAGGAUGCGCUCAGGAUCUUCAUGCCCAAGUGCGACGACUUUCACAACUCGGAGCUAGCGCUGUGGGACUUCCUGUGCAGCAUGAGGGAGGAAGGCUUCUCCCCGCGCAUCCUGCGGAGCAAGGACGUGUACGGAUACUCUUCGUGCCGCUCCGCGGUACCUGAAGCCAAGCCUGCGGCUCAACUUAAAUCUGCCGCCGAGAGGGCGACCAGCAGUCGGCGGAAGAGACAAAGGAAAGCAGGAACCAAUGCGGGGGAGCCCGUCACCAAGAAAAGCAGAAGCUGCCCCACAAAGACCUCUGCCUCGCACGUUAUGAGCAGGGUUUUACGAGGCAGCUUAUCCAGGAGAGCCGCCGCCUUUAGUCUCACUGACUUUCCAACCAUAAAAGUUGAAGAUUCCUCUUCCGAUGAAAGUGUUUCCAAAGCACGCCAAAGGGCUCAAAAGAUUCUUAAAGUAAACUUGUCCCCCGUGAUCCGAUUAAGACCCGUGAGGGUGGCCUGAUUUAAGAUUCCAAUGAUGGGACAUUUCUGGAGUUAGAAUAAAUCAAUUUAUCCUGUUUUAAAUCCGCAUUAUCCUCAGAUACUAUUUAUUAUGGAUAUCGGCAAACAAGAUACAGAGAGCGUUUCAAUUCUUUCAUUGCUUCUCCAAUUUUUCAACCUUUGAUGAACUAUUUUUCUCUGUCCCCCCCACCCUCGUAUAUUCAUCUCAUUGCUUCCUUGUAGUUGUUAUUGCAGACAAGGAACCCGUCGGAAAUUGGUAAUGAUGAUAAUA